CUCACUGGCUAAGAGCACCACCUCCCCUUCUUCCUCCCUCGACGGGAUAAACUAUCAGCAGCUUGGCAAUCUAACCCCAUGGCAACGGCAGCAUCUUUCCUAAACCCUCUUCUUGCUCUUCUUUCCCUUCUCCUGAUCUGCCUCUUCCCUUCAACCCUCGCUAGCUCCCCCUGCAAUGGCCCUUGCAACAGCUACGACGACUGUGAAGGGAAGCUUACCUGCACCAACGGGCGAUGCACCGACGAUCCGGACAUCGGCACUCACAUCUGUACUGGUGCAGGAUCGCCUUCGAAGGAUGAUGGUUGUAAUCCGACCGGAUCAAUGAUGUGCAAUGGGGUGAACUACCCCACUUACACAUGUUCUCCUCCCAUGUCUUCCUCCACAGACGCCAUCCUCACGGUGAACAACUUCAGUCGAGGUGGAGACGGAGGUGGGCCAUCGGAGUGCGAUGGGUCCUACCAUGAUAACACGGAGCAGGUGGUGGCUCUGUCAACCGGGUGGUUCGACCACCGCCGCCUGUGUUUUCAAAUGAUUCGCAUCACCACCGAUGAUGGGAAGAGCACAACGGCGAAGGUGGUGGACGAGUGUGAUUCGAGGAAUGGUUGUGACCCUGAGCAUGCUGGGCAGCAACCCUGUCGGAAUAACAUUGUCGAUGGAUCCGCUGCCGUCUGGAACGCGCUUGGGCUCAAUACAGAUGAUGGAGAGGUUCACGUUACUUGGUCCAUGGCCUAAGUAACUUGCCGCCUAAUAGAAGGCAUACUUGCAUAUGUUUGGUGUGUGUUAUGUAUUGUACUAUUAGAAUAAGCGGCUUCUUACCUGUUUAAUGGAUCAUCGUUCUACUUUUUCUGGGAAAUCAAAUAUGGCUUUGUGGAA